AUGGCUGCUUCGCUGAUGGCAGUAAGCGCGCAGCAUCAUAGUCAAGGCCAUGCGACAUCUUCUCAAUCAAUCAUCCGACAUGACGUAUCUCACGACCACGGCUACAACCACGUACGACCAAUCGCCGUUCACUCUGCUCCGGUGUAUCACCACCAACCAGCAGUUUCCAUCCACCACGCCGCUCCUAUCGUCCACGCUGCUCCAAUUGUUCACCAUGCUGCUCCCAUUGCACACUACCAAACUCCAGUCUACCACAAUCAACAUAAUGAUGCUCAUGAACACCAGGAUUACUAUUCUCAUCCUAAAUACGAGUUCCAAUACAACGUAGAAGACCACCACACUGGUGACAUCAAGUCUCAGCACGAAACUCGUGAUGGUGACCACGUCACCGGCUCCUACAGUCUGCACCAGCCCGACGGUUCCGUACGCACCGUCCAUUACAACGCCGACCAGCAUAACGGAUUUAAUGCACAAGUCGACUACUCUGCGCACUCAACACACGUUGUCAUUUUUGCUGCUGCGCUGAUGGCGGUAAGCGCGCAAUAUCAUGGACAAAGUCAUGGUCACGCAACUUCUUCUCAGUCAAUCAUCCGCCACGAUAUAUCCCACAACCAACAUGGCUACAACCACGAUUACUACGCGCACCCUCAAUACGAGUUCCAAUACAACGUAGAAGACCACCACACUGGUGACAUCAAGUCUCAGCACGAAGCUCGCGAUGGUGACCACGUGACCGGCUCCUACAGUCUGCACCAGCCCGACGGUUCAGUACGCACCGUCCACUACAAUGCUGAUCAACAUAGCGGGUAA